AAGCGCCGGCGUCGAGGUGAGUGCGCACCUGUGAUUUGGCGCAACACAAACUCUGCCUACCUGUUGAGCGGACACACACGCAUUGAACAAACUCUCAUCUUUUUUUUGUCCCCACAACACGUGAGGCGGCGGAGAGCGCGCAGCCGGAGCGCUGAACCUCCAGCCCCGAAAGAGUUAAACGGUUUUCCCAUGUACGGAGCGGCUGGCUGGAGGUUAGUUAGGCUGUUGCGGUGCAGAGCUUGUGGACGCGGCGGCGGCGGCGGCGGCGGCGCACAGCAGAGCACCAAACCCGGCCAACUUCACAGUAAAGCUGCCACCACUGCACCUCAAACCAGCCAUGUCGGAGCGAAGGAGGAGGAUCUGUGGAUUUGACAGCGCUCAGUCUUACUACUACUGAGCGUGUGUGUGUGUGUGUGUGUGUGUGUGUGUGUGUGUUUGUGUGUGUGAGGGAUAAGGCUGCUUCUCUGGUUGUGUGGAUAUCGCCUUCAUGGACGGGCAACGGGGCUUUUACGAGAUGGAGAACCCGACAGAGAACCCCAGCAAGGCGGCGGAGUAUCUAAAGGAGCUGAAUAAGAUCAUCGAGACCCAGCAGGGGCUGCUGGAGAAGCAGAGGGUCCGGAUUGAUGAGCUGGAGCUCCAGGUGACGGAUCUUUGCAAGGAAAACGCCUGCCUGAAGGAUCAGCACCAGCGGCACCUGGCCACCUGCAGGCUCCAGCAGGGCACCCUCUCCACCCUGGGAGCCAUCAAGGAGAAUGUCAUGCAGGAAAAAUCUGAAAGCGAAAGUUCGAGAGGUGUCAGGCGACACGCCUCAUUUCCCGUAGAAGUCUCAGAGAUCCCUCUAAAGCUUAUUGCCCCUCCAUGUAGAAGAAGUUACCCCUGUCGCAAAUGGAAGUCUGCAUCUUUUGGACCAGACACAGAGGUUCGCGGCUCUGCCAUGACUCACAGACGCCACCAUCACUUUGUGGAAGGUGAUGCUCCAGGCAGCGAGGUGGGCGCCUCUGUGGACCCCAGCAGCGGCUACGGUUGCAUCCCAGUGACCCGCAGUGGUGGGCUAGGGCCCGACCACUUGGACAGCCAGCUAUACGGACACAUCUUCCUGCCUGGCCACCCGCGACCCCGCCGACCCAAGCUCCAGCACUCCCAGUCUAUCCUCCGCAAGCAGGCAGAGGAGGAGGCCAUCAAGCGCUCCCGUUCGCUGUCAGAGAGCUAUGAGCUCUCAUCAGACCUACAGGACAAGCAGGUGGAGAUGCUAGAGCGUAAAUAUGGUGGGCGUUUCAUAACCCGGCAUGCAGCCCGCACCAUCCAGACAGCCUUCCGCCAGUACCAGAUGAACAAGAACUUUGAGCGUCUUAGAAGUUCUAUGUCUGAGAACCGUAUGUCCAGACGGAUCGUCCUAUCCAAUAUGAGAAUGCAGUUUUCCUUCGAAGGACCUGAAAAAGUCCACAGCUCCUACUUCGAGGGAAAGCAGGUCUCUCUAACAGAUGACGGCACCAAAAUCGGAGCACUGGUGCAGUCAGAGCAUGGUGGGGAAAUGGGCAUGCAGGCCAAGACCCCCACUACACAGAGCGAUUUCACAGACGCUAUCACAGAACUAGAAGAUGCUUUCUCUAGGCAGGUCAAAUCUCUAGCUGAGUCCAUAGAUGAUGCUCUAAACUGUCGUAGUCUGCAUGGUGACGAAAACCAGUCGGAGCCAGGGAGAGGCCACCAGGAUAUGGACAGGGAAGUCAGUUGCCAGGUGAAACCCUCCCAUGGUCCUUCAGAACACCGCAAACUGGACGAGAUGACAGCGUCUUACAGCGAUGUAACCCUUUACAUCGACGAAGAAGAACUGUCACCACCACUGCCCUUGUCUCAAUCUGUAGACCGGCCCUCCAGCACGGAAUCAGACCUGCGUCAGCGUUCCCUCAACUCUUCCCAGGACUACUGGUCACUGGCUCAUAAGGAUGAGAAAGGGGACACAGACACCAGCUGCCGCAGUACACCAUCUCUGGAGUGCCAAGAGCAGCGCUUGCGGGUAGACCACCUACCCUUACUGACCAUUGAGCCUCCGAGCGACAGCUCGGUGGAGCUGAGUGAUCGUUCUGACCGCAGCUCUUUGAAGAGACAGAACGCCUACGAUCGGAGCCUCAGCAACCAGCAGAGUAGCCCCAAACACAUCAGCCACAGCCUGCCACCCCGAGGGCCUUCUAGAGAGGAGGAUGCCACCCGCCAUCGGCCACGACAACUGGAGGCCCAUCUGGCCAUCAACGGCACUGCAAACCGGCAGAGCAAGUCGGAGUCUGAUUUCUCUGACGGCGACAAUGACAGCAUCAACAGCACAUCCAACUCCAAUGACACCAUCAACUGCAGCUCAGAAUCCUCGUCCAGGGACAGCCUGAGGGAGCAAACGCUCAGCAAGCAGACGUACCACAAAGAGACUCGCAACAGCUGGGACUCACCUGCAUUCAGCAAUGACAUAAUCCGCAAGAGGCACUACCGCAUUGGCCUAAACCUCUUUAACAAGAAACCAGAAAAAGGCAUCCAGUAUCUGAUAGAGCGAAACUUUGUUCCAGACACUCCAGUGGGUGUGGCUCACUUCCUGCUCCAGAGGAAAGGCUUGAGUAGGCAGAUGAUUGGCGAGUUCCUGGGUAACAGACAGAAACAGUUCAACCGAGAUGUCCUCGACUGUGUGGUGGAUGAAAUGGACUUCUCAAGUAUGGAGCUGGAUGAAGCACUCAGGAAAUUCCAGGCACACAUCAGAGUGCAGGGAGAAGCUCAGAAGGUUGAGCGGCUGAUAGAGGCCUACAGCCAACGCUACUGCAUCUGCAACCCUGGUGUGGUGCGACAGUUCAGGAACCCUGACACCAUCUUCAUCCUGGCCUUUGCCAUCAUCCUCCUCAACACGGACAUGUACAGCCCUAACGUCAAGCCUGAGAGGAAGAUGAAGCUGGAGGACUUUGUUAAGAACCUCCGAGGAGUGGAUGAUGGGGAGGACAUCCCCCGAGAGAUGCUGGUAGGGAUAUAUGAGCGGAUUCGCAAGCGAGAGCUCAAGACUAAUGAAGACCAUGUGUCCCAGGUUCAGAAAGUGGAAAAACUCAUUGUUGGAAAAAAGCCGAUUGGCUCAUUACACCACGGUCUGGGCUGUGUGCUAUCCCUACCCCACAGGAGAUUGGUCUGUUACUGCAGACUUUUUGAAGUGCCCGACCCCAACAAACCACAAAAGUUGGGCCUGCACCAAAGGGAGAUCUUCCUUUUUAAUGACCUGCUUGUGGUUACAAAGAUUUUCCAAAAGAAGAAGAAUUCUGUGACGUACAGCUUUCGGCAGUCCUUUUCACUUUAUGGCAUGCAAGUGCUGCUAUUUGAGAAUCAGUAUUAUCCCAAUGGAGUACGUCUGACCUCUGCCAUUCCUGGAGCCGACAUCAAAGUCCUCAUCAACUUCAAUGCACCCAAUCCUCAGGACCGCAAAAAGUUUACCGACGAUUUGCGAGAAUCUAUUGCUGAAGUCCAAGAGAUGGAGAAGUACCGGAUAGAAUCUGAGCUAGAAAAACAGAAGGGGGUGGUGAGGCCCAGCAUGUCCCAGAGUUCAGGGUUAAAGAAGGAGACUGGCAACGGCAACCUGAGCCGAGCAAGCCUUGACGACAGCUACGCCAUUGGUGAAGGUUUGAAGAGGAGCGCCCUCAGCAGCUCCCUACGUGACCUCUCAGAUGCAGGCAAGCGUGGGAGGCGCAGCAGUGCAGGAUCACUAGACAGCAAUAUGGAAGGGUCCAUCAUUAGCAGUCCUCACAUGCGGCGGAGAACCCCCCCCAGCCGAGACUGCCCAUCCCGCCAUAGCGGCCAGUCCCUGCCCAACUCCUCUUCACUGCUCGGAUCUUUGUUUGGCACCAGGCGGGUGAAGUCCCCCAGCCCCACCCCGCAGGCCCUGCACCCCACCCUCAUCUCCCACACCCCUCACCCGGCCAACCUGCACCACACGGCCCGGGUGGAGACAGACACGCCAGGCUCCAUGCACCACGCCCAGUUCUGCCACGUGACCCAGAACCCCCCGCCUUACCACCACCACCACCACUACCACCCACCAGCCCACCUGCAGCACCCUCCGCACCAGUACCACCCGCCCCCUUCUCACGGCCAGCAGCCGCCCUACCCGCCUCACGCACAGCACGGCCACGGAGGCCACCCGCCUCACUCAUCCCACCCAGCUCACGGCUCCCACCACCACGGCCCGCCUCCGGCGCCCUCCCAGGCGGCCAGCAGCACCAAGCCCAAGCACAGCGGCAUCAGUACGGUGGUCUGAGGCACACAGGGGCUCCCCGGGCUCUCUGACUGAACUUUGAUUUCACUCCGAGGCUCUUGGCUGACGAGGCGGUCGCACUGUGCAUCGGUGGUCUGGGGAUUUGAAGCCAGACGAGAUCCUGUGCCUCCUUCAGCAUUUUUUGUUACGCUUGUUGCUGGGCCAGUUUAUUCAACAUAAACACAUUUCUUUUCCUGGUUGCUCCUUUCGUUUCUUUUCAGGUCAUAAGUCUGCCUGCCUCAAGAGCAACAGUCAACAACACAAGAGCAUGCACAAAGACCACCACUACUGUUUCUCCUUAGUCAAUUAAAGGAACAUGAUCAAAUACCUUGCUUACUAGUAUUUUACAGACAAAAUAAAUAGUAAUCUUGACUUUAAUGUCUACAAAGUGAUUUUAUCUAGUUUGAGGUGGUUUGACGGACAGACAGACAGCCAGUCAUCCUCAACAGUAGCUGUACGAGUAUUUAAUGUAGCGGUAGCUCACAGUGCACUGUGAUAUCUCUGUUAGCAGUGAUAAAUGUGCCAAUUAUUGAAGCAUUUACCAAUUUAGUCACAACAAAUGCUUUAUGUAUAUUGUGCAUAGUGUUUUGUAAAAUAACAAUAUCAACUGUUAUUAUUAUAAUUAUUACAGAACAAAUGGCAUCAAUUAAAACUCUCAGUAUUAUACUCGCACAUAGGUGGCGUUGUUUCACUGUUAAGAACACAAUCAAAGCUUAAUAGUUAAUAGGCAGUUCAGUAAGCUGGAACACUACUGUGUGUGGUUGCCUUUGAGUUAGGACUGUGUGAGGAUUGUCGAGGGUCGGCGUGGACUUGCACACCGGCCUGUGUACGGUCUCAUCCUCUGCACUUGUGUUUGGUUUCGGAGUUGUUGCUCCCGCUCUGGAAAAAGCCACAGCGAGCUGCUGAGCAAACAGAUUCAUCUGAAUGUCCGCCCUUCAGUACUGGCUGCUUGUCCGCCAUCAUUUUAUUUUUUUAACUAUUUUUUUAGAGUCCAAUAAACAAUAUAUAACGCUCUGUGUUGCAACCUGGUAGUCCACUCUGCAGGAGGGAGCAGGAGGAGGAGGAGGAGGAGGUGUUUUUUCAUGGAAACUGAAGGAGUCUGUGCAAAACUGUGUAGCAGGGAAAACAGCAACGUGACUGUUUUAAGUGUCUCUCCUGACGUGGAAGCUCUCAGCUGGCUGAGUGUGCCCUGUCCCUCUUUUGGUUUGUGUGUCGUUCGGCGCCGUGCACUCCCUCCGUCGGACCUUUCCUCGGAGCCACACGGACGCCACAGUGCAAAAAUCAAUAAUUAUCAUUCUGUGAUGGUGGCAGCACUCUUGUGCUCAGCUCACCACAAAUGGCAGUUUUUAUAUCAAUCAUCUUUCUGACAUAUUAUGGGAUGGCUGGUUGUACCUGCCAGCCAUCCUGUGCACAGUAUCUGCAGUGUGUGCAGAGCAGAGGCAGGGGUCUGGUGUGCUGGAGCAUAUUUUCUGUUGGAAGUGAUAGACACUGCACUUGUUCUACUUAGUUAAUAUCAAUGGCAGAGGUUAGUCUGUAUCUGCUUCAAGACUAUGAGAUGGAUUUUCUUUUUUACUUGUAUGUGCAAUAUGUAUUCACUUUUUUUUGUCUAAGAGCAAUUGCAAUCUGGUGGUUGUUACAUUUUCUUAGUUCUGUUAGUUUUGCCCCCCAACGCCCUUCGUCAUUUUUUCCUCAAUGUCUCAGUGAAGUGCAAGUAUCCACAUGGAUUUGGAGGGACUGGACCUUCCACACUGAUAAAGAAUGUCAAAGAAAAUAAUUGCAUGUAACAAUGUAUUUCGAGACUAUAUUUUCUAACUAUUGUGUAUUCCCAAACUAUAUCAGUGUUACAGUCGACAGUUGUUAGAAAUGAAUGGUAGAAUAGUUGUGACUUCUUCAAUUACAACUAACUGAAGUCAACUAUGUGUUUAUGUCACUCCAGAGGAAAUCUGUAUCUUUUCCUGAUCCACAUACAGUAGUCUCCUGGAUCUUUAGUGUAUACAGCAGUAGUUAAAGCUGGGUGUUAUCGCAGCUGUGAGAGGAAAGGUAGAAUGACACUGGACAGACAGCUAUGAGUGGAUCUCCUUUAUCUUCAUAUUUAUCAUCUGUCUCUGUCAAUGGCUCACACCUUACUGUUGUCAAGUUAUGUCCAGUAGAUUGGUAUUCUUAAAUACUUCUUUCCUCAAGGUUCAAGUUUUCAAGGCAGCACUUUCUACUACAGUACCCUUUAUAAAGGCUUUAUACUGUAUGUUGUCACUAAUGUAAUUGAUUAAUAAUGUUAUUUAACUUUAUUAACGGUUAAUAAUAGGGGUGUAAUCUGGCCAAAAAAUAAUAUCACAUUCUAUCUUCUGAAUUUUGAAACUCCCUGUAGACUACAGCAAGACUUGAUAUAUAGCCGGUCAAUUUCUCUGUUUGCACCAUUAAAACACAAUACUGGAUUAAAGAUACUACACUGGUUUCAAAAUGGUGAUUAAAACCUGAGUUUAAUUUGAAGUUGUAAACAGAAGCCAAAAGAGAAAAUAACACAUUUCAAGCACUAACAACUCAAUUGCAUUGAUUACAAAUUGUCACGCAAGGAAGGGCCACGUGAAGUUAUUCGUCCAAUCAGCAUAGCCAUCUAGUUGGCUACAUCACUCUAUUGGUUAGCGCGGAUCCGCUAGGCAAUGAGGUUUUUUUAAGUUUGGAAACAGAAGUAAUAGAGAAAACUAAAUACAGCGAUCUCAAGGAUUUACCUGAAACUGAUCACAAUCUAAAAUCCUCUGAUUACCCACCCCUAGUUAAUAAGUAAUUUACUAAUGCUUUAUACACCAGUAAUAAGCCAUUAAUAGAAACCGCGUUUGGAUUGCCACGUUUGGAAAAAAUCCCCUUGGCUGGUGUUUAUCCCCAGGAAAGAUUAGUAAGUAUUUGCUGUCGAUCAACACACCAGCUGAUUGGAGGCCGUAACGGCCAAAGAAGUAUAUCAAUGGACUGACAAAGGCAGUGAAGAAGACUGUGAACUGGCAAGCAUAGAUGUAAACUGGCAACCCAAAUGUCCUUAUCAAUAGCAUAUCACUGAUUUAUAAAGUAUUAGUAAAGUAGCCUAUUUAUUAACCAUUAAUGAAGUCAUUAGGUACAACUUAUAAACCCUGUAUAAAAGCUGCCAUAUUAGACAAUGGUUCAAACUAUCACUCAGUGUAUUUUGCAGGCUUUAUGUACUGUAGGCUACUCUCAAAUCUGUCAGAUAUAACAUAACAUUGACAGCAUUUAAUCCAGUGUAGUUCAGCUUCUACGGAGUCCGAAAGGUGCCAAUAAUUCAUGGUCUUUGCAUUUUCAAUCGGUUUUAUACCAAAUAAAUUGGGAACCAAAUUUAGUCGACCGAUCGCUUCCCCAAAGUUGACCAAUCACAAGGUCUGAUAGCUAACUAUGGUGCGGACACCAGCCAAGAAGAAACCUAGCUUUAUUAAAUGUCGAUGGUUCUCCAAAUUGUGUUGAAUCAGAGUGUUUUUUGGUCACAGCCCUCCAGUUCCUUCAGACGUCUGAUCUAUUGUAAAAACCUGUCCAGAUUCCGUGUGAGGUGCUUUGUUGCAUGCCAUUGAUGCCUACCGUUUCUUUUUCUCGUCUUUUCUUUGUUUUGUUUUUUUAAGUGUUGCUCCAUUGAGUGGCAGGCUUGAGUAGACCCUAAACUUUCAACGUAGCUUUGAUUUGUCUGACUGAUGCUUGUUUACAUUUAGAUGAUUUCUGGCCUACUAGUGCGUCUUUUAAUUUUGAAGUUGUGUCAUUCUCCUCCGGCAUGCAUUUCACCUCUAUUUCCACUGUACAGUAUAAAGACGUGUGUAAAUAGCAAAUCCAUCGGGGGAAAUCUAAUGUAACUUGAUGACGAGGGCUUAAAAGCUAGGAAACAUUUUAAUUGUUGGUAGUAAGGACAGAGAACACAUCUGUAAAUAGUCUGUAAAUUGUUAUUAUUAUUAUUAUUACUACUACUACAACUCAAUGUCUGCAGUUACAUUGAUGCUGCAUUCCUGCUCCCCUCUGAUAUUUACAUAAUCAUCAGCUGCUUCUCUCUGCCUCCGACAGGACUGAAUUAUCAUAGGAUCUAGAGAUGAACAGCCAACUGUUACACAGUUAACACCGCUUUUGACUUAUUUCCUCCGACGCUCCUGUUCUCUCACACUCACAGCCCACUUUUGAAGUCGAAGAGAAGGGAGGAGUGCUCUUAUUUUAUUAUGCAUUCUGUUUCUAAGUAGAUGAAAACCCCUGUUGAUGUAAAUCUAGUACUGUGACGAUGUUGAGAACGCAAAAUAAAGCGAUAUACUGUAAAACCCGA